AUGCCAGAUCGACGCACGAAUCCUUCACCAAAGCACGCUGCACCCUUACCACUAAUUGCACCAAAAGAUAGUGCACCUAUAUCAACUGGUUCGGGGGAAGUAUUGGAAAAGAGCGACUACCCGAAGGUGAAAAUGCCUGUUCGUGUCCGAUUGCCGCCCAGAUCUAGGACUGGGUGCUGGACGUGUAGGAGUCGCAAAGUAAAAUGCGACGAGGGACAUCCUACUUGUGGUCAAUGCUCGAGGCUCGGACAUGAAUGCGAUUAUAGCCCAAGGCUAUCCUUUAGGGAUGAUACGUUUAGAAUCAAACAGCGCAUGCCAGGUGUCUCCACUACUGGAAAUGCAGUCUGGGAUUUAACAUCACCGACCUUGACCGCAAGCAGCCCCAAUCCAUCAGCCGGAGGAGAUAAUUUACCUCCAUUUGCCUCUCUGACUUCGGAUUUGGAACGAGAGAUGAAAGCAGAAGCAUAUUCCCCCGGAACUUAUCAUGUUGUUGUGAACCCCGAGAGUUUUUCUUCUUUGCCUGAAUAUUCCGACACUACAGAUAUUAUAUCUGUGUCUGGCUAUCCCAGAUCCGGGGAUGAUAAUGGUGUCAUGGACAGAGAGGGGAAGAGAACCAUAAGACACAACAGGGGUAGUUCUACUCUAACAGAAAGAGGAGAUCCAAAUGUGGUCAUUCUCUCAAAAUUCGAAGACUCUAUUCCAAUUUCAUCCCCCGGCCAUUGGAGGACCAACACAAGGCCAUCUCCCUCAACUUCCAGCAUAUGUAAUUUCAAAUUCCCAACCAAAUUUGCUGAUGAGAUCCCUGUUCAUGACCUCGUGGAAUCAUUUAACCACACAUACAUAGAUACAACAGAUCAGUACGGGGAAGACACGAGGCUACUUCUGCAUUUUCGCAAGGUUGUCUGGAGCCAUCUUGUGCAAAAUGCUUCUCGUUGUGAUCCUCCUCCCGGAGAAGUUCACAAUGUUCCUGGAUCCGACAUCUUUGAGCGGGAAGCGGUCACGUUCCGUCCAUUAUUCCACGCCAUGAUGGCCGUUUCUGCUCUGAGCCUUUCCCACCAAGAGCAAGGCCAGAGCAUUGCCGCACUUCAACAUUAUCAGGAAACUCUCCCCUUCUUACAAAGUAGCAUGCGAUGCCAUGAGGAUCUUUCGUCGGAUGGAGUAUUUCUAACCCAUUUCUUGCUACUGAUUUACGAGAUUGCUGCAGCGGAACCGGGAGGGUCCAAUCUCUGGUCCCACCAUCUUGAACGGUUGUUACGAAUCUUCCUUAUGCGGCACGAGGUUUUUAAGACAGAAAAAUUCCCCUUCGUUAUUUGGUGGGUAUGUUAUAUUGAUUUAUAUGCUCUAUUCAGCGGCACGGGAACUGGAGAAUUUCUCAGGGCCGCUUUGAAAGCCGACAUGCUUCCUUCUCCCAAAUUCCAUCUCUACCCCCUUGGCCGGGAUGGGACGAGCAUCAUAUAUUCGGAGGAAGAAAAUAGUCUCCCAGCAAUUUUACAGCUUAACCAUGAUAUCUUCGUCCUGACAGCGAGGUUGGGACUUCUAGCAUCGGAGUGCCGGCCAUCAAGUUCCUACGCAAAUGUAGCAGCUAUCAACAAUUCUAACCCAAGUAGUUCUCAUUGCUUCCCGCCGCACAUGACUGGAAAUAGAGAUAAACGCCUUUUUCAAAUCCAACAAGCCCUGCAGCACCUAUGGCGUACUUCCAAUGCAACUAUCCUGGAGCAGCAGAUGGAUUUGUUACCCAGUCGAUCAAAGGAAUUACUUCAACAUUCCACAACCCUGUUCCAUGCCACCUUCAUCUAUUCACACACAAGCAUGUGGCCAAACCAAUGUAUUGAAAACGGAGGUGAACCGGCGCUCGAAAUCUCCCAAAGAACCGCCGCCAUCCUCCAUGUCGCCACCCGCAUCGUGCAGGCCGGCCGUUUCGAUCUGCGUUUCAUUGUUUUCCCAUUGUUUAUGGUGGGAGUGGCCUCCUCUUCUCCCUCACAGAAGAUGUUGGUGCUGGAUCUGCUUUCUAGCAUCGAGGGAAACGAGUCCGUCGGCCGCAACGUGACAACCACGAGACAUGUGCUGCAGAUCGUGCAUCAGCGACAGAACGAUGGGUAUAUGCAGAAGGGACAUGCGCUGGAUGUGGAUUGGGUCGAGAUUAUGGUUGAGCAAGGAUUGCAGAUGGUAAAUUUUGGGCUAUAA